AUGCACAUCGCUCCUUUCCACCAGGCAAAUGGUGUUCCUCGACUGUCCUCGGUGGCGAAAGCCGCAACCUGCGUCGGUUCCUCGGCCAUGUCGAGGCCGCCGGACCUACGACGCGCAGACGCAGCAGGGCCAGGCACAAAAUACCAUCCCGAGACCAUAUCUCGCAUGCUUCGGCGCCGAUUCUCUCGAGAGUCCAAAGACUCCAGCGCACAUCAUGAGCCAAGCAAGUUCCUGUUUCCGUUUCCUCGGAAGUCGUCAAGGUCCGGCUCAAAAGCCACCACCGAGCUUACUGCGUUGGGAGACUAUGGCAGCAGUUUGAUGAGUGAGAGUCGAUAUGACAGUGACGCGCAAUUCAUUUCGACUCCGCAACGGGAUCUCAUGGAUUCCCCGGCAAGCCGUGGUCGUCGCAGGAUGGAACUGAGCAACUUGAUUGAACAGAGUCACGAAAAUGGUGAAUCUGAGCGUUGGGCCAUCGGCCAUGGUGAUAACAUUCCAGAACCCCCCGUGUCUGCCUUUGGGAUGCAUUUCAUCCAUACCCCUCCCAGCAGUAUGAGAAGUCAGCGCAGUCCGUACCACAAAGUUCAUGAUGCGGCCUUCGUUGAAGGCGAACGGAAGCAUGAGCACAGCAUCAAGUUGAACUUGGCGCGGUCCCUUCCCAAUCUGAAUUCAAUCAGCCAAGGAUGCAGGGGACCAAUUUCAGUGCCGCCGCAUGCGCCCCAUUUCUCUGGGGGUCCCAAUGAUCAGAAACAUUCCAGAGACUGCCAAUCCAUGGGAAUUAGUAACCACAAUUACGGCGUGGCUGCUUCAGGCUCGCUACCGAAUCAAUCAUCCGGCAUGAUGGUUGCCAAAAGUCGACAGCAAGCCGCCUCGAGCACCCCUCUGACUGGUACCCAAACCGUCCAUCUGGAAGACAAGGGCAUGUCACAUCGAUUUGCCCCUCAAUGCGCAUCAUCUGGCCCCAUGUCUUGCAAUCUCUCAAUUGAUGACCUGAUCCGCAACGACAGAUACGGUGCAUUCAUGAACGCGUCACAAGAAACUAUGCCUGCAUCCCCGAGGUCAGCCACAUCGAUAGCCUGUGGACACGAUCCCCGAACCCAAAUUUAUCAUCAGCGAGAUGGGUCUUCAUAUUACUCCCACCGGCCCAAUCCUAUUUCAGCUAAUGCUUCUCGUGCCCACUCACCUGCAUUGGACGUCGAGAAGCAUAUCGGUAUAGGGUCCAGAAGCACCUUCAAAUUGACAGCUGAGGACGCUAACCUUCAUCAUGGCUCCCCCCAAACAAAUGGCAUGUUGAGUAGCAAGUUUGAAGAACACUGCGAUAACGGCAGCCCAGAAGCCCAAGUUCACCUUGAGUCCAACGAUAUCCAUGGCAUAGGGUCCCCACGCAAAGUCAGUGCCGGUUGGAUGUCUGGAGGUCGACGGGUGGGCUAUGGCUAUAGUCCAGUGCCUAAUGAUGAAGCCGUGCAGCAUACGCAGCAUUGCGAUAGCCAUUCGCCUGUGCGACCAUGUUCAACCCAGAAGACAGAGCCAGUGAUUCACGAUGCCAACCUCCAGAGAGGCCAUGCUGGUCAGUCUCACGGGGGAAGAACUGACCAUGUGUAUGCAGCUGAGCCAACCAUCCCGGAAACUAAGUCUACCCCAGUCAACCAUCAUUCAAACCGUCCUGAGGUCGGGCGUGCUACUGUUCCCAGAGCCCGAAAUCCCACUCGAACGAUCAAUGACUACCCAGAACCUCCCUACCUUCGAGACAUUCUUUCAGGCCGCUACAGCGAAGAGCAUGAUCGCGAAUCUGUAAUAUCAGAUGAAAGAGGCACUGGAAGUCUUCGUGCAGCCAAAGUGCCUCCAAAGAGUCAAGCUGAACACUGUCAAGUUCCGCAGAGCUCGCAUCAUGUCAGCCGACCCGCCGACACCCCGCUGCACCGCUGGGCUCGCCUGAGCCAAUCGAUGAAGGCAAAUCCACUGACAGUAAAGGACCAGAAAGGCCGCAGGUCCGGGAUCAGGGGCGUAAUCCAACCAAAGAAGGGGCAGCAGGUCCCCAAUUCAGGCGAUAACGCAGUGGAUAUUGACCCAGAUUACCUCGGCAUAGAGCACGACUUGACCGGUGGAGACGUGGCUCAUCUGUUGCGCCCAAGCAACUCCCGGGGCGCGAAAUGGGUACGCAGGUUGUCUAAGCACAAGGAAAGCACAUGGCACUCGAAUGUACACCAGCAGGAAAUAUCACAGGCGUCGUCGGGUCCAUACCUUGACUGUGACCAUAACGACCUUGAGCGGGCAAAUUCUACCAAAAGCACACUCGCGGAAGACUUUGCGAAUAUGUAUCAGGGGUGUCUGGAUAUGCCCGGAUCAUUUGAAGGCAGCCGCUGGGCUAAUCGAACUAGUCGGAUGUUGUGGGACCUGGUCACGACAGAUGAUGAUCAGUGA